CCCGGGAAAGUCGAGUCACGGAGUCGACAGUUACGAAGUUCCCCGUGGAGCGAAAACUGUCGCAGAUUGGGUCACCUUGAUUCAACGGUGGGAUAUAUCAAGUACGAAGUAUGCGCAGAGUCAGUACGGAGUAUAUGCAUCAUGCUACGUAAGUGGCCCAGACUCUUCCAUAUUUAUUUGCUCAUUAGAGUGUCUGUGGAGGCGGUAUAGUUUGAAUAUGCAUUGAUAAUGGAAAUAGAAGAUCUAGGGAACGCCUAACACUCCACCCCUUAUGUCGAUCACAAGUUAAGCUGAGGGCCUCGUAUAUAUUCAUUUUUCCUGCCCGGGUAUAAGGUCUCCAGUCUUCCUUAUGGAGUAUACUCAAGCGCUUUUUUUUUCACUUCUCCGAACACUUUCGGUUGAAUUUCUUUAUUUUUCCAAGGCUGAACCUGGACUAGACCAAGACUUACAAAGAAAGACAUCCCUACCUGUGUCCAGGGGAGCUCUCUCAAAAUACGACCCCUUUUCAGAAAGACUAAAGGAAAUAGCACUCAACCAAUGCUCUACACCGGCAUUACCACAGUUCGGCUGCAUGUCAUCACGAUAAAAUUCGCAAGCCAAUCCUGAAUAUGCUCCGUAUUCCCACUCUCCUGUUCCCUUUACCAAAACAAAAAGGGCGUAUCGGGCGAAGGAGCUAUGUCGGCCCUAAGGAAACUAUUUAGCUCGGAGAGGCCCAUAUUUCAUUACGACAUAACUGACGGAGGACAGAACUCAUACUCUCCUCUCGCUCAAGAGUCAGAUUCUCCGGAAACUCGACCAUCUCGCUUUCGCCAUAGAAGCACUCUCCAAUAUAUUGGAUUUGAAAAGCAAUUCGAAGACCUACACGAACAGCUGGAAACACGCCCGCCCCAAAGGCGUUCCUAUCUAGGUCAUAUGUCGUCUCCUCGACGAACCAGGCGCCAUGUUGAUGUGCUGGAGGCUAUAUUCUCCAAGCAGAGUCUAUAUCAUGCCCCAACCGUUGUGCCAUUGACCACCACCUCUUACAACGAAGACAUUGCCGAACGAAACCUUGCCAGCGGCGGCCAGGAACAUAGAAGCUGCCCAAGUCGUUACUCCCACGUUAUAUCUGCAAUAUUCCAAGAAGAUGUAGCAGAUCGAAAUAUGGUACUGUUCAGUCCCCCUAUCCUCAUUUCGCCUCCUCCGGGAGAAGAGCAAAUGGCCAGAAAUAAUCAGAAGCGAGCUGUGGCCAGGAGGGUGAAAAUGAGCCAGCGAGAGUCAGAUUCGAGUUUAUGUGACGAAGCAGUUGCUCUUCGAACCAUUGCUUCGGACCAAGAUAUCCGCAGGCAUCCCUCGCAUUCAGGUAAUAGGAAGGAACUAUCGAGCGGUAAGAAGUUGAGGGCAGACUCGGACGAAAAUAGCCCAUUGAGGUUAAGGAAGUCUGCUCCUAACUUCUCCGUUCACCCUGCCGAAGACGAGGAACAUAAUCCCAAUGAAGCCUCUACAGCCAGCAAAAAACUCCCACAAGCACGAAGAACACAAGAUACUUCCCAAGCUGAGCGAGACUGUGAACAGACAAUUGAACGUCCAUUAUCGAAAUCGUCCAAUGACGACACUCAGGUGGCUAAAGAAUCGACGUCUAAACCUGAGUCCCGAGACGCUUCAUCCACCCCUCCACAUAACUCAUCAAACCGCUUGUUGUCACCAAACAGUGCUCGGAGACGAGUCAAGAGAAAUGUCCGGGACCUGUCUAUCAACACUCAACUGGCGGCUCCCGGAAAGAAGUUUGCAAAGAUAUCUAAAAAAUCCCCUUUGAGACCUGUUCCAGUCUCUCCAUGUCGAGAGCCCAGUGCAACGCUGGAUGAAAUAGUAAACAGUCCGACAGCCCUUACAAGUCCAAUAAACCCGUCCCCAAGGCUUACUGGCUUUACAGCUUCGGAAAUGUUGAAUCUAUUCAAACAAGCAUGCGCAUCAUCCCAAACGAAUGCAGCGCGCCCCACCUUCGAAUCCCUCCAGGAUACUAUUAUCCGCGAAAUAAACAGUCAUGAUGCCUUCAGUCACAUUAAUCCGCAGAGCCCGAACCCCGUCUCGCCUGUCCCGUCUCUCACACCAGACCUAAGCACGAACGGAAAGCAAAUGGAGAAGGAUACGGCCCGGCCGAUGACAGCCCUCUCAAGAACAAGGAGUGUUUCUUCAAGAGAAGGGAGCUUACGAUCCAAACUGAGCUUCUGUUGUGAUCAUCAACUGAGACCAGAGUCUCAGGGGCGUGAGAUAUCGUUUCCAGCAAUCAAAGAACUGGAUCUGGAAAACAGCAACUCUGUGGCCCUCAAGAGAAGGCAUUCCUGCUCUCAACCAGCACCCGGUCCUAGAGUACGAAUUUUUGAACCCGACGAUUCCUCGCCCACGCGAGGACGAUCUGUGGCCGGAAGACGUCAACAAGUAUCUAUAGCUACAGGCCAGUUAUCGGACAUGUACCAAACCAAAGACCCGAUUGGACACUCGAGCUUGCAUUUCCGUCAGCAGCUUUCGAACGGUUACAUUUCCAAGGCAGUCUCUAUUUUUGAUACGCCGCAGACUAUAAAGCCAUCUAUGUCUCUUAAUGGCAGAGAUGGUGUUCACAUGGGCGACAUAUCCCCACCUGUAGUAUCUAUUUUCAGCGAUUUUGAUGAGAAGCCAUAUGGUCCCAAGAGAAAACGCUCGACAACCAUGAAGUCCUCGAAACUACAUUUAUUCAUACCCUGUCGCAAAUCUUCACGCCCGAAACACAUUCCCAUUGUCAUUUCCAACACCACAACCAACAACGUUCUCUAUGAUCCCCCUUCUAGUGGCACCAAAAAAAGCCCGAUCAGCCCUCUCUCUACUUCUUCUGGACGAAAACGCAUGCCCUUUCGGAUAAUUGGCAGUUAA